AUGGAGUCUUUUCAGAUUCAGGAUGCUUCUUGGGAUCGUCUGUCUUCCGUGUUUUCCAAUCUCGAUCUUUCCAUGUCUCAGGACAGUUCAUAUGGAUCCGAUGUGCAGUCUUCCAGCACAGAACACACUUCUGUCACUACGUCUCCGGUGAUGUCCUCUGUUCCCAAUGCCAAAGUCUCUGUUACGCGACCACUCAAAUCGAUCCUGAAGAAGCCCGAAGAGGCGCAUGGAAACGACGAUGGUGACUCUGAUUCUGAAUCUGGAUACGAAUCUGAACCUUCUGAGUAUGACUUUGACCACUCUCUUGACUCGGACCCUUCCGAUCUUCAUUACUGUGAAGAAGAAAUUUUCGACUCCGAGGACGACUCGGAUGAUUCCUCCGAGAUUGGUGAUCACUCUGAAGAGAGUGAUUUCGUAUUUGACGACUCCCUCGUUGUUUUCGAGCCUUGUGUUCGCUUCGACUCCAGGGUUAGCUACAUCGAAGCGCCUUCUUUUGACGACGAUGAUGUCGAUUCUCAACCUGAAAUGACCGUCCAUGAAAUGAUGGAACUAGCCCGGGCUUCUGGCGGUCUGAAAAUCCUUCAAAAUGAUACCGAAGAAGACUACAGCGAAGAUGAAUGCUGUACCGACAGGGACAUCAUGGCCGGCCCCGAAGAGCACACGCGCGAUGAUGUCGAAAUUGACAGAGAACUUUUUCUCGCUUAUAUGAACGGUAUCAAUGGAGUUCCUGACCACGUCUACAAGCCGCGCCUUCAGAGUCGCGCCAAGGCUAUCAGAGAGGGUCUUGCGCACAGUCCGUUCUUCGAAUCGGAGACCGUUUACGGCACUUACUUAGAUCAUGUUCUGAACCACGUCAUUGGCGUUUUCCGCAAUAUUGUCGUUCAGGACGAAUUAUAUGAGCUCAUCCGUUUGAGUGAGUCGAAGGUUGCUAUGGAGCAUCAAGAAGCAUCUCAACGGGAGGUUGAGAACUAUACCAGGCAUAUCCUGGAGAAAAUCGAGCUGUUGUUAUCCGACCGUCUUGCUCAGGGCCAGCUCGAAUUGGACCAAGACGAACUCAGUUUCUUCGCGGGAGGAGUUCUUUACGCCCUGGAGAAUUGGACCAUUUACACCAAUGGCCUGUGA